AUGUCAGAGGUGGGUAAGAGAAAUGUUCAGAUUUCUAAAGCAUUAUCAUAUAUUUUGAGACAUGGUGCAGUCAAAGAGAAAUUACCAAUAGAUACGAAUGGGUAUAUAGAAGUCGAGUUAAUAUUGAAUCACAAUAGAUUGAAGACACAUCACUGCACUUUAGAUGAGCUGCAUAGUAUUGUUGAAAACAAUGAUAAGAAAAGAUUUCACGUCAAAAAGAAAAAUGGUACGGAAUAUAUUUGUGCCACACAAGGACAUUCCUUAAAGUCUGUCAAACCUAAUGAAGAGAUACUGAUGAAAAUAGAGGAUGUUAGUCAUCUACCUGAGGUAAUCGUCCAUGGAACGACCAUAACUAGUUGUAUUGCCAUUAUAGAAUCCGGUGCAAUCAAAAAAUUAGAAAGAAACCACGUUCAUUUAUCUGCAGGUAUUAUUGGACAAGACUUGGACAUUAUUAGUGGAAUGAGAUACUCAAGUAACGUUUACAUUUAUAUUAAUAAAACAGAAGAAAAUAUAAAGCAAUUAAGUUUGGUUAAAUCAUUGAAUGGGGUUAUUCUGUCACCUAAAGAUAUACCAAUUUCAAUGAUCGAAAAAAUACAGAUUAAGACCACCAGAAGUUCAAAUAAAACUGACCUAGACAAAUUAAUGAAAAUAUUAGAGGUCGAAAAAUACCGUAUUCCGUUCUAUGAAUGUCUUAAUGUAUGUACUUUACUAUCUAAGUUUAAAUGUUUAAUCUAA